UUACAGUUAACUGAUGUUUACAGUAAAAGAAUCGUUGGAUCAAAAGUCAUCAUAAAAAGCUUGAGGAAAGGAAGUUUAAUUGUUGACUUUGACCUCGUCAUACCAGACAGUCCAACAUCAAAAGUACUCGUCGUGGACACAGUGUAUAAGCUUGUGAAUGGUCUGGUAUUUGUAAACUUCUCGGGAGAAAUAGUCAACGUUAAUACUGCUUCAAUAGAACAUUCAACAUAUGGCGAAGUUAUUAUCACUAACUCAUCUGAUGGAUGCACUGUUGUAAACUCGCAAGGAGCCUGUGAUGUGGGUUAUACUUGUCAAGAAUUUGUCAAUCUGACAGUGGCUUGCAUGUAUGUACAAUUGUUCAUUGCAGAGAGGAAUCAGUGA